AUGAGAAGCUCUAAGAAGAUUAAGAAUGAGAGUCUAGAGAAAAGGGAAAACUCAAGAUUGCAGCAUUGGCCGACACUUGGAACUGGUAAUGUGCCUAAAAAACAUACUAGUUUAUCAUUUGCAGAUACCUUGAAGGGUAUUAAUAGUCAUGAGGAUAAUUCAAAUGACAAAGAUGAUAAGAUAGAUGCUUUAGCUUAUGACAGUAUGUCUGAUUACUCCCCUUUAGAUUCAGAAGCUGAGAAGAAGGAGUCUCUAGUUAAAAUCAGGGAAGAUCCAAAGAGGAAUUUUCCUACCUUCCAUUUCUCUAUAAGGAUGAAAAAAAGACUUUACAGGGCAUGGAGGAAAGUAGUAAUAGUGAAGUUAUUGGAUAGAAGCAUUGGUUACAAGGCUUUAGAAACUAGAUUACAAAUUCUUUGGGCCAGAAGAGGAGUGAUCAAUUUGAUAAACAUUGGAUAUGGUUAUUUAGUAGUGAAGUUAUCAAAUAGGGAAGACUAUUUCAAUGCUUUAACAGGAGGCCCAUGGAUGAUUUAUGAUCAUUAUCUUACAGUGAGGUCAUGGGAGCCUAAUUUUAAUCCUGCUAGAGCUAAGAUUGACAAGGUAGCUGCAUGGGUGCGUGUUCCAAGAGUGUGUCUAGAGUACUAUGAUGCAGAGGCACUAACCAUCAUUGGAAAUAGGAUUGGAGAGACUCUGAAAGUUGAUGUCAAUACCUCAUCUCAACUUAGAGGUCAUUAUGCUAGAAUAUGUGCUCUAAUUGAUUUAGGCAAACAAUUAUUAUCGUGGUUCUCUUUAGAUGGUGAAGAUUGUUACUUAGAAUAUGAGGGUCUCCACUCUUUGUGUUUGAAUUGCAGUGUUUACGGUUAG